UGAUGACGAUGAAGAGGAGGAGGCAAUAAUCACGGGUGGAUGAACUGGACUCAAAUCCAGCUAUAGAUUCCUACUUUACAAAGAAGACAGGUACCUCAGUGAAAAAUGCAGAUAAAGAAGAACAGGAAUGAUCUAUCUUCGCUGCCUCUCUCUGGAGUCUAAAAAGCCGAGCAGACGGUUGAACCUGGAUGUCAGGGUUACCCAGCGCCAAGCAAGACCAGCCAAAUGUAAACCAGCGCUUACGGCAGAGUUAAUGCUGAAGACAUGAGGCAUGGACAGAGUCACCAUGGGAGUUUGGUCUAUGAGGCUUCCACUGGAGUGGUGCUGGUUCUGCUGGGGCUUCUGGGCUCAGUCAGUGGCUGUCCUACUAUCUGCACCUGCUAUCACAACACAACUGACUGCUCUGCUGUGGGGCUCGUCUCUCUGAUGCCCAUCCAAAAGCAGCUAGGCUUGGAUUCACUAGUGCUCCAUCUUUCUCAGAACAACCUGUCCUCCUUGGGUAGCAGUGAUAUGCUGAACCUCAGCAACGUGGAGCUCCUGGAUCUGUCCCACAACCAUUUUCACAGCUUGCAGCCUAGAGCUUUCAUUGGCCUGAGCAGCCUUCAGUGGUUAAAUCUCUCUUCUAACUACCUUGGUGUUAUUGUAACAGCCUCUGACCUCCCUAACGGCACAGUGACUGGCCACGGACUGAAUGGAAGUGUUGGUUUAAGCAAGGAGGUCUUCCAGGGAUUGUGGCAGCUUCAGGGGCUUGAUCUGUCCUCUAAUAGCCUUCUAUUGUUGCCAAAGGGCCUCCUGGAUGGGCUUCAGAGACUCACCUGGUUGUCCCUGGCUCGCAAUCGGCUUAAGACCCUGGACAGAGUUACAUUUGAGCCCCUAGUUAACCUCCAGCAGCUCCAGUUGGCUGGAAACCAUUGGAAAUGUGACUGCAAAUUGAGGGAUUUCAAGAACUGGAUGGAGUGGUUAAUUUACAGAGAUGGGCAGGUAGAUGUGAUGCAGUGCAAUUUUCCCAGGAACCUGAAGGGCAGGGACAUCCGUAGCAUUCCAGCAGAGAUGUUCACUUAUUGUGCAAGUCCAACCAAGGAUGUUGCAUUGAAUCAGGCCACUAAGCCUCCCUGCCCGCCAGGGCGGCUCAGCAGCACGGAUGAGUGUGUUCGGCAGCGACAUAGGCCAGUCAGCGUACGCAGAGCACAUGGCACACAAAUAGUGGCGGGAGUGGUGUGUGGCACAGUGUGCAUCAUGAUGGUUAUUGCAGCAACUUACGGCUGUAUCUAUGCCUCACUCAUGGCUCGGUACCAGAGAAAGAUGAAGAGCCGCGGGCAGCCUCUGAUAGCCAAGUCUGGAACUGAAACUGACCUGGAUGACAUCCCAGCUUUAUCUACUGACACACCCAAAGACGGCUAUGACUUUGUGUAUGGAUAUCGAAUCAGCAGCUUCUGACACGCCGAGAUCCAAUU